AUGAGCUGUGGAAAUGAUUUUGUGGAAACUCUUAAGAAAAUUGGAUAUCCAAAAGCUGAUGAGCUUAAUGGAGAAGAUUUUGACUGGCUGUUUGAUUCUUUGGAAGACAAAUCGUUUCUGGAGUGGUUUUGUGGAAAUGUAAAUGAGCAGCAUGUGGUAUCUGAAAAAGAGCUGCAAGAUUUUGAUAAUCUUCUUGAGUCUGGUAAACCCAUUUUGGAAGGAAAUGCACUGGAUGAAGUCCUUAAAACCUUGAAGCCCAUGGAUUUGAAGAACAGUAGCCAAGAGGAGGAGGAGGAAGAAGAGGAAGAACUGAAGGAAUUGGAAGAUGAGCUUCAAACUCUUCAGAGCUUAAAAGAACUUCAAAUUUAUCGUCGUAAUAAGCUUGAGAUGAUGGUUUCUGUGAACAGCCAUACAUUACAAACAUUAAAAAGCAAAGAGGGAGAAGCACAUAAAGAUUUGAAAGAAGGACUGAAAGUGUUUACUGCAGCAAAUAAUAAGCUUAAUAAUGAACUGCUGUCUCUUUUGGAUGCAGCUAAGAAAUUUGCCUCUUUCUUCACUGCUUCAGAUUCGGACGAAGCGUCAGAUCUACAUCCAGUGUUUUUUUCCCAACUUUCUUUGGACAGGUAUUUGUCUCAGGAAGAGCAAUGCACUGCAGCACUUACCUCGUACAUGAAAACCCAUUUUUAUCAAGGUAUGUCUGAGUGGAUUGAAAAUUCAAAUGAAGGCAGCUUUCAGCUUGCAGACAUAAGCAAAGAAGUCACUUGUGAUGAGACUGAUAAAGUUUCUGAAGAGAGUCAAGAGGUAGCCAGGCUCCAGACAGCAUAUAUUUGUGCUCAGCAUCAGCUUAUUCAGAUGCAAGCUAAAGAAGAGAGCAUGCAUUCAGCUAUAAAAUGUGCAGAGAGCAUGCUGCAGUCCUUAAACAACAAGGACAUUGGAAAACAAGAGAACCUUGAUGCCAAAAUAUCUAGUUUAACUGAUACAAUUUCAACAGUUAAAGAAGAUAUAGCUCAGUUAAAUAAUGAAGAGCUGCUUCCUCUUCUGAAAAAGAAUGCUCGACUUUUAAGCACACCAGUGGUGGAAGCAUACUUGGAUCAUCAGAUUGCUCAGCAGGACUAUUAUGCUUCAAGACAAGAUGAAGUAUGCAGGCAUUUGAUAAGACAGAAAGCAUCAUUUGAACUGAUUGAGCUAGCGUAUGAAAUGGAGUUGAGGAAACAUAAGGAGAUCUGCUGUCAGCUUGAGAACUUGGUAGAAUCUAUGAAACAGAGCAGCACCGAGUUACAACAGAGACUGCAGGUGAUAACUGAGCAAACUCAACAUGCAAAGCCAAGAAAGGUUAUUAGUUCAAAGGACAGUUUCUCUUGCAGGCUGUAUGAGCUUCUGGAAGGAGAAAAUAAAAAACCACAGUUGUUUAAAACAUACGAAAGCCUGGAGGAGAUGGCUCAGAAGUUAAAGCAGGACUGUGCUAGAGUACAAGAUCAGAUAGCAGCGACUUCUCAAGAACAGUGUCUACAUUUGUCCAAGCUGAAGAGUGGUGUAGAUACCCUUCAUGAUGCUCUCUAUCAUGGAGGAAAUCAGAUACAACUCAGUAGUCGGGAACUUACUGAGCAGUUUCAUCAGCUAGAAGCUGACUUAAAUAAACUAAAUCAACUCCUUAUGGAUCUGAUUGCUGACCUGAAGUCAAAGAGAAACUUUUUAGAGUCCAAUAAACUGCAUCAGGUGGAAAGAAACUUGUAUGCAUAUUUUUUCAAUGAUGAAGACCACUUGAAGGAGAUGGUGGAGAAGCUCGAGCAGCAGUCUGAGGCUAAAACCAGUGGCUUGGAAGAUUAG